CCGGGAGUCAACGCCCCGCCCACUACGGAAGGCGAAGAGGGUCUCACUCGGGAGCCCGCUCGCGGGCUGCUGCCGCCAAACCUCAUCAAUCGGCGGCUAAAGGACGGUCAGGGAUGAUGCAGAAGAGCCCCGGGAAGUGGAGUGAGGACAGAAAGUAGCAGGAGCUGCAGAAGAGGAGCCACAAACAUAGGAGACAGGCCCUGAGGAUGCCUGUCAGUCUGUCCUCUGGUGCUCAGAGGAUGUGGAGUUUUUCAGUGAUCCUGUCUCAAGUUUCUGAUUCUUUCUAAAAUCAACUUUUUAAUUAUGAAAAAAAAUUUAAACAUACAAAAGUUGAAAGACUAACAACUAAACACUCAUACAAGCUUAAGCGAGAUUCUGCAGAUGUUGCCAUAAUCACAUUUAUUUGCUGCUGAACCAUUUCAGAGUAUUAGCUGGCAUUCUCCUCUAAAGAAUACUUUUCUUCAUCGACUGGGGAUGAUUAUAGUUCUCCCUAAAAAGGAUGGCUGCUCUUUUCCUCAAGAAGUUAACAUUACAAAAUGUAAAGACUGAGAAUUACUACAUUAGAAGAUGUUUGGGCAAAUACAUCUUACAGGGGCUGGCACCCACACAGCUGUCCCCAAGACCGUCCUGCCUCAUUCACGCAAAAGCUUUUAGCACUAAAGACACCCAGGAUGAGAGGACAAAGAAAAAAAAGAAUGAGACGGCUUUCAGUAGUGUUGGGAGAAAAAUCAACGAGCGCAUCAUUCACGUGCUGGACGAGCAAGGCAACGACCUGGGCCACAUGCACCGGGCGAACGUGAUAAGGCUCAUGGCCGAGCGGGACCUGCGGCUUGUGAAGAGGGACCCCCACGCGGAGCCCCCGCAGUACCAGCUCUUGACGGGCGCACAGAUCCACCAGGAGCGGCUGCAGCUCAGAGAGGCGGAGAGGGCCGCGCCCAAGCCGGGACCCACCCUGACCAAGGAACUGACCUUUUCUUCAAAUAUUGGACAACAUGAUCUGGACACAAAGAGUAAACAGAUUCAGCAGUGGAUCGAAAAAAAGUACAAAGUCCAGAUUACAGUAAAGAAAGCGAAGAGUGCAGACGAGCCUGAGAAGAAAAUGGAGGAGAUGUGUAAUCGAAUCGUCCAGACCAUGUCUGGAAUUGCAACCUUCUCAUCCCGGCCACAGCCCAUCAGAGGAGGCAAGGCUGUGAUGUGUGUUCUUCGUCCCUUGAGCAAAAAGGAGGAGGCUGCGUGGAGAGCAGCUCUGGGCACCCCGAGAGGAGACGCUCUGAACAGGGGAGACGGGAAGGACGGAGCAUCUGGUGUCCUGCCCCAGUGACUUUAAUAAACACAUGCUUCUGGGAGAGAGAACUGCAGUGGCUGGUCUGUGGUCUUCCACACAGCGCAGGUGGAUGUGCAGCUGCGGUCAGCAUGGCGACGUGGAGUGCACGUGGUCUUCUAUGCAGCUCAGCGGCUCCCCAUUCCUUGGCAAAGGCACAGCCUGGUCCUGUGUCCUCUUAGGAGGGAGGUACCCACUAAGCCGGGAGGCCAGGCUCCGCUUCCCACGAGACGGCCUCACCUUGGGGAAUAAGGAAGACAGAGCCAGUCAGGCCUCGUGUCUGCAGGUUCUGCAGCUGGGUCAACCAAUAGCCCAUCCAAAGUGUUUUUAAAAAAGGAAAAAUCCAGAAAGUUCCAAAAGACAAAGUUUGAAUUUGCCAUGUGCUGACAACAAUUUACACAGCAUUUCCACUGUGUUAGGUAUCAUAAGUAACGUAGAGAUAAUUCAUGGUACGUAGGAGGAUGUGUGGAGGUCACAUGCAAAUACAGAUGACCCUGGAACUCAGGGGCAGGAGGGCAGGGGGGUUAGGCACACGGACACCAGCACAGUUGAAAAUCCACAUAUACUCAAGCACCUGUGGACUCUGGUAUCCUGGGGGGCCCAGAGCCAACUCCCCGUGGAUACCAAGGGAUGACUAAUUCAGAAUCAAAACUAUCAGAAUCGUGUGCCUGUCAGGUAUGCAACUACCGCAGCAUACAACAAAACUGUCUUAAGUAA